AUGGCGAGCAAAGAAACCGUUCCGUCUCCUGCCCAGGGAGUCGGUCCCAUCUACCGUCCAGAUGGCGAGAAACCCACUGCUACGGUUUCCAAGGAGGUGUCCUACGAGAAUGUUCAUGUGCUUGCACAGACCCCUCAACUGAUUGCCCUCUUGACCAUGAUCAGAGACAAGCGGACAGCACGUGCCGACUUCAUCUUCUAUUCCAAUCGAAUUAUUCGACUUCUGGUGGAAGAAGGACUGAAUCACCUUCCCGUGGUUGAGCAGUCCGUCACGACUCCAGUCGGCCGGGCUUAUCUGGGUGUCAAAUUCGAAGGAAAGAUCUGCGGUGUCUCGAUCAUGAGAGCGGGAGAAGCUAUGGAGCAAGGCCUGAGGGACUGUUGCCGAUCUGUCCGCAUUGGAAAGAUCCUGAUUCAACGCGAUGAGGAGACUUGCAUGCCCAAGCUUUUCUACGACAAGCUUCCUGCCGAUAUUGCUGAUCGCUGGGUUCUUCUCCUGGAUCCCAUGUUCGCAACCGGAGGUUCGGCAACAUUGGCCGUAGAGGUAUUGAAGGAACGGGGAGUUCCUGAGCACCGGAUCUUGUUCCUGAACUUGAUCGCAAGCCCCUCGGGCGUUGCCGAAUUUGCGGAGAGAUUCCCUAAACUCCGCGUAGUCACUUCAUUCAUUGACCAGGGGCUUGAUGACAAGAAGUAUAUCAUCCCUGGCCUGGGUGACUUUGGUGACAGAUAUUACACCCUCUAG